AUGACAGAGGUUGUAGGGUUAUGGGAGAGCGUAUCAGAUGACGAAUCAGAAGACAAAGUUAACAUAGGUGAGGUACAGAGCACACCGACUCCCGGUGAAAGCCCACUAGCACAGAGUUUAGUGUCUUUCGUGGGCUCGUGCUCCAUCAACCUGCUCCUACCUUUCCUCAACGGUAUGAUGCUUGGAUUUGGGGAACUGUUUGCUCACGAGCUCUGCUGGAGAUUUAAUUGGUUUAACCAUAGAAAUAAGGGGUAUAAAGUGUUCCCAGAAUCGCGCAAAAUAGCAGCACUAGAAGAAACUUCAAGCCCUGCUGCCCGUGGCAGGGUUGCAACCAAGUUUCUUUAA